UGUUCUUAAAUGAAAAGUGGUUCCUUUCUUAGUAUCAAUUGGGAAUUUGGGAUGGUGGUGGGUAAUGUGAAAAUCAUGCCUUCUUCUUUGAAGAAGAAUCGUUAUGGGAGGCAUUCUAAUGUUUGUUCUUUGCCGGAAAAAUCAGUUCUUGCUCAUGGUUUGAAGAGUGAUGGUGGUUACUGUGGUGCAGCAGCCAAGGGAUUAGAGUGCGGAAAGCGGCAUAUGGUGAUAUGGAAGCAUUUGAGGAUGCUUGGUUUUGUUCUUGGAUUGAUGACUUCCUUUUUUGUGCUUGAUUCUUUGAUGCUUAGUGUGAUCCAUCAUCUUAGUGCUCGGAGUGCUGGGCCUUCUAGAAAAACUAUGGGGUUUGAGGAUGGAGGGAGAGGAUACAUUGUUGAGAAAACAAAGGCAAAAAUGAUGUACAGACGGCUAGACAACUUGGCUGAUAAAGCUCUUUUAAUGCAGAAUGAAGUACAGAAUGAUGAGAAUCUGCUAUGGGAGGAACCAGCCAGGCAAGCAUCUAGGUGGAAACCUUGUGCUAACAAAACUAACUCACUAUAUCAAGGGCAGGCUGUUAAUCACACUGGUUUUAUAUUGGUGAGCGCCAAUGGAGGACUAAACCAACAACGAGUUGCAGUGUGCAAUGCCGUUGCUGUUGCUGUUCUUCUCAAUGCAACCCUUGUUCUCCCUAAAUUUCUUUACAGCAGUGUAUGGAAGGAUAGUAGCCAAUUUGGUGAUAUUUACCAAGAAGAUUAUUUCAUAAAUCUUUUGAAGGAUGAUGUGCGUAUUGUGAAAGAGCUGCCUUCUCAUCUAAACUCACUUGAUAUUGAAGCAAUUGGUAGUCAAUUUACAGACAUGGACAUAAUGAAAGAGUCAAAGCCUAUAGAUUUUGUCAAAAUAGCGCUUCCUGUUCUAAGAAGAAAUGGAGUUGUUCAUUUCCUCGGAUUUGGAAAUCGGCUUGCAUUUGAUCCAUUGCCUUACAAACUGCAGAGGUUAAGAUGCAAAUGCAAUUUUCAUGCAUUAAAAUUUGUGCCUCAAAUCCAAGAAGUUGGCUCUUUAUUGGUCCAAAGAAUAAGAAGGCACAACUCAAUGGUGAGUAAACUAGAUGCACAACUUCUUGGAGAUCAUAUGCCUAAAGCUCCAACAACCAAUCUUGAUACAUCAUCACAAGGGUCAUUCAAGUAUCUAGCAUUGCAUAUGAGGUUUGAAACAGAUAUGGUGGCAUACUCACAAUGUGAUUUCGGCGGAGGGGAAAAGGAGUGGAAUGAGUUACAAGCAUACAGGGAGAUUCAUUUUCCCACACUUGUGAUGAGAAUGAAAAAUGAAUCAAUAUCACCAUCAGAAUUGAGAAUGUUGGGAAGAUGCCCAUUGACACCAGAGGAAGCGGCACUGAUGCUCUCCGCCCUCGGCUUUAAAAGUAGGACUUACAUCUAUCUUGCCGGUUCUCAUAUCUAUGGUGGUCAAUCAAGAAUGCUUCCAUUCACCAAACUCUAUCCAAAUUUGGUCACAAAAGAAGAUCUCCUUACUCCAAGUGAACUUGCACCUUUUAGAAAUUUUUCUUCAAGAUUAGCAGCAUUAGAUUUCAUUGCAUGUGCAACUUCAGAUGUCUUCGCCAUGACUGAUUCCGGGAGCCAGCUCUCUUCACUUGUUUCUGGUUAUCGAGUGUACCAUGGUGAUGGCCAAGCACCAACAUUGCGGCCGAACAAGAAGAGGUUUGCUAAGAUUUUAUCUGAGAAUGAAACUAUCAGCUGGGAUCAGUUCAAGGACAGGGUGACGAAGAUGAUCGAUGAAGGUCACAGAGUUCGUUCACGGCGUUGGGGAAGAAGCAUUUACAGGCAACCAAGAACCCCAGGCUGCAUGUGCAAGGACUCCUCUUGACAAACCUCAACCAUGAAAGAAGUUUU